AUGGACGGCGACGGUGGCAGUGCCCCAUCCGGCAAGGUGGGCUGUCCUGCUUGUGAUGGUGACGACGGCUACUGCGGAUCCAACGCCCCGUUUGGAUCCGUCGCGGGGAGGCCUUUCGCCGACCGGCGGCGCGUGGAGGGACCGCCCAAUGAAGGUGUUGCUGUUGGCUGUGGGUGGCAAGCAUUGGUAGCAUACAUCAACAUUGGAUGCUAUUACUUCAUCGGCGUACCCCUUGGCGCGCUCCUGGGCUUCAAGUUUGACUAUGGAAUCAAGGGGUUGUGGGGAGGCAUGAUUGGAGGCACGCUCAUCCAAACAAUUAUCCUAUUGUGGAUCACAUUCAGAACUGAUUGGGAAAAGGAGGUCGAGGAGGCGAGGAGAAGACUGGACAAGUGGGACGACGCAAAGCAGCCGCUUCUCGCUAACGUGCAGCGAUGAUGCCCGAAGAAGAUUAACGUUUAUGCUGCUGCAAGUUCGGCAGAUUGAUCCACUCACCAACUUAUGUUCGGCAUUAUCUCAGUUUUUUUAGGAAAUGUUGAGCAUCGUCCUUGUCGUCUCCCGCUGCUAGCUGAAUUUUUUUGUUCAAUCAAGUUUACAAUGAGAUGGUGCUCCUUCAGGAUUCA